AUGUUGAGGCGUUUGCCAACGAAAUUUACCGCAGAGUCCUUGAUCCAAGUCUUGGAAGAGUUCCUGCCGCCAGGUCGAUACAAUUUCGUGUACGUGCCGCAUGACAAGCGCAAGCUCCGCAAUUUGGCUCUUGCUUUCGUGAACUUCACAGAUCCAGAAAGCGCGAAGACUGCGUAUGUGUUCUUCAGAGAUGUGAAGCAUCCACUCCUGGGACAAACCAUCCGCGUAUGCCAGGCUGACAUACAGGGGCUUGGCAGCAAUCUUGCAUACUUCAUGGCGAGGUUUGGUUUGCAAGAAAUGGAUAAUCCGCACGCUCCACUGGUCUUUGAGAAAGGAAUUCGGCAAACCAACAUGUUGGAGGCAGUGAAGCGCCAUGUGACUUUCGAGCUCUUGCUGCAGGCACAUCAUCGCAUGGAGACGCAAGCCACGAAAUUGGACCCAUCCCCAACGUCACUUCAGCAGGAUCGAGAUCGAAUGUGCCCAGCUCCAGUGGGGAGGAGCAAACCUCUCCUAAGCUACCAGCCUGAGUCCAGCAGCACGUAUGUCUCGCCGCAUGUUCCGGACAUACCGACACCGAGCUUCUGCAAGUUGAAGAACUCUCACUUCGGAGGCGUCGAAGUCAUGACAGAUUAG